UCAGUUCUCUCACGUGGCGUACGUGUGGUCUGGAAACGCUGAAAGCGGCAAAUCCAAAAAGCCGAAAAGGCCACAAGCAGCCAAAAGUCCAAAGACAGGGAAGAAAGCAAAAAGAUAACAUCGGGGAAGAGGGAAGCAGAGCGGGCGAGGGUGGGAUGCUGGACACCCAGAUCCACUAUUCAGAGAAGUACUUCGAUGAUAAGUACGAAUACAGGCACGUAAUCCUUCCAGCCGAGCUGGCUCAAAGUGUGCCAACGACUCACUUAAUGACAGAAUCGGAAUGGCGUAACCUAGGUGUUCAGCAGUCUCCUGGUUGGGAGCAUUACAUGGUCCAUAGCCCAGAACCCCACGUGCUGCUCUUCAGGAGGCCCAUCGAGAAGAAUGUUCAAUAGACAUCCAAGUAUAGGCUUGUCAGUUGUAAGAUACUGUUCCACACAUCUGUUCACAUGUCAUCCCAUGCUCAUUUUAGGAAGUUGCAAAUGCAUUGUGAAAUUGCUCAACUCCAUCUAUCACAAUGUCAGUGAUUAAUAAAUAAUAUGACAACAAAGA